CAAACGUUGACUGCCACUGCAGAUGUGAUGAAAAUAAUGAGCGAGAUUUUAGGCCCUUUUCAAGAGAUGUUGACUACAUAGGAGAAGGCCGAGUGUAAAGGCCACAGCGUGUACACCGACACAUCAUUAAUGUUGUCUCAGGUUUAAAUUGUCGGGGGAAACAAGAGCAUGAAUUUUAUAUAAUCGUACUGUAUCUAAUGUGUAACAAGUGACCUUGAUGGUCACAUAUAACCACGUGAGGGAGCCUAUGUUGAUAGGGGAUCCAUCAAUCAUCCAACCAGAUGUAAGCAGCGGUUGUCACUGAGGGCAUCAUUUGAAUAAGUAAUUGUGCGCACUUACGUACGCGAUUCACUAUCGUUGUCAGCGUAGUCUGAUCAACUUGGACAUCCCUCUCGCUCUCUCAUUCUCUCUUGUUGCACAGUUAGAUUUGUUCUCUCUCGGUGCACAUUAAUUGAUUAACGGACUGAAAUAGAAGAAGAUAUAAGUUUCGGUGCUGCUGAGCCGUGUGGAUUGAAUGUGAGGACUAUUCACAGAUUCGCGGCUUUAUCGUUUAGAAGUAUUAACGCCUCAUCAAAUAUGGACGCCGAGAAUUUAGCGGUAACCGACAUCCCACAAACGACGUCAGAAGAACUUUUUACCAACAACAGUACUGAUAUUCACCAUAAUGUUGCGGUACGUGUAUUGACUAUGUGGGUUAUAUUUACUGUCGGUGUGAUAGGUAAUUGUCUUGUUUUGUUCUGGUUUUUGAUCAACCGUCACAGAUUUUGCCGACGAGUGAACCAGAUCAUCCUAGGAUUAACAUUUGCUGAUCUGUGUGUUUGCUUCUUCGCGGUGAUGGGUACAGCGAUUUAUGAAAUGCUUUACUAUCACUGGCUCCUAGGUAACGUUAUGUGUAAAAUUAUAAUGUAUUUGCAGAGUGUGUCAAUAAUGGCAUCGAGUAACCUUCUUGUUGUUAUAGCGCUAGAUCGCCACCAAGCUAUACACAAUCCAUUUCGCAAGACCAUCUCUACGAAAAAAUUAGUAGGCAUAGCCUGGCUACUGGCGUUACUGACAUCUAUCCCGCAAUUGUGGGUCUGGCUAGAGAUGACAGAGGGAAGUGAUGCGACUGGCUACUUCAAAACGUGUACGACGGAGCUUGGCUCAAAGCCUUCGAAGCGUAAAGCGUACGUUACGUAUGUCGCCGUCGUAACGUUUGUAAUUCCUUUUGUCAUUAUCGGAAUUGCAUAUAUAAGAAUAUGUAUUCGGAUAUGGAAAAAAGCAAAGGAGAGUGAAAACAAACCAAGUAGACGUUCACGAAAACAGAGUAAUCGUUUGCAGCUCCAAAGCACCGGUACACACACGUUAAUUAAAGCGAAGUUUAAAACGUUAAAAAUGACGCUUGUAAUCGUAACGUUCUUCUUCGUGUGUAGUCUACCGUAUUACGUCUGUGAACUUAUGGUGUCCUUCCAUGAAGGUGACGGACCCCCUCUGGACAAAUCACUCUACGCAAUUUUCGGUAUGAUGGCAGUUAGUAACUCGGCUGUAAAUCCAUUUAUUGUGCUUAUUUUUAACUUAAACGGACAAAUGGGCUCAAUGAAUUAUUGUCGUUAUUUUAUGCGACGGAAACUCUCCGAUCGGAGUACAUCCAAAGUUACAACUAAAAGCUGCCUCAUGCUUGAAGACAAACACAACGGCGAAAGCAAACAGAUGAGUUUAGUGCUUUUAAAUAACUCGGAAAUUGAACAUUGAAUUUGAAUCAAUUUAUAUUUCUGAUUUCUGUAUAUAUUUGCUAUGAGCGAUUUGUAUAAUUAUUUACUUAACAAUAAAGAGGGUAUGUUAGUUCGCUACCUAAUUUCAUACAUGUUAUUAUAAUUAGGAUUUCAUUCGCCGAGUGUUUAACCCACACAUUUACAAAUAUGAUAGCCGCCGGUAACAUUUUGUUACACGCUCAUCAUACUGAUGAACAGCAAUUUUUCAAUUUGUCUUAAAACAUCCUCCCACGUAUUUAUAAAAUGCGGCUGAGUUGAAAUGAAUAAUUAUAAUUUCAGUGAAAAUCACAAAAACGAUGAAUUUGAAACAUCGAUCUGAAUGGGAUUUGAACAAAUUUAAUUUUUGAUUAUUAAGCCUAGUAAACCUAGGCUAUAAGAUGAGUCGACUAGUUUGUUUUAUGCUGGACAAUUUUAACUCAACAUGGUCCAUUGAAAGCUAUUGUCACUAUGGUAUAACUGUAAUUAUGAUAAAUCAAGUACCGGUAUAGCAGUUAUAAGCAUGAAUAUAUAAUGCGAAUAUAUACAUACAUUUUCUAUAAUAUGGUCUAUCAAUGUAUUUUACUGUGUUUUUGAAAUAUGUUUGCUUUAGGCCUACGGCUUAACGUUUGAAAUUCAUGUUGCAAUUAAAAAUCGAGAUGUGAAUAACUUAGGAGACCAUGAAGUUUGUACUUAAGAGGGCGCUUUCUCUUUUUGUGACAUAAACAUGUAUACAGUAUAUUAUAGGUAAUAUAUAGGCAUGUGUAGAUAUGCCUAUAUAUACACCUGCGACUGGAUCACCAACUGGCUGAACUUGACUUACUAUUAGUACAGUGACCAAUAAGAACUCGACAUGACUUUGGAUUCGGCUUAUAGAGUGACUCGACUCGACGUUACCAGUUAUUGACGCCAUGUGCCAUGUGCUACUCAAGAAUAUUUGACUCGGUACAAGUCAAGUUGACUCCGGAGUUUCAUAAUGCCGACGUGACUCGACUUACGGAAUUCUAUGAUUCUGAAAAAGUGUAUAUGUUUACAGUAUCUACUGAUAUCUUCAACGAAGGUAUACUCUCUCGACACGAUUUCUGAGACCAAGUAACGUCUAACAAUGGACCUUUCAAACAAACUUAACAACUGACCAAUGAGAACAGGACCAGUAAUACGCGUAUGUCCCACAAAUACACGAGUUGUCCCAGUAAAUCAUCAUCAUAUUCAUCACUAUCAUAAUACUUGUUAUCUUAACAUUUUUUAUAUGCCUGGCAGUGGACUCAUGUUGUCGGAAGUAAUUAUUAUUACAAUUACAAUUAUUGUAUAUAUAAAUAUGGCUUUUUUUUAUUAGGCCUAGGCCUAUACGAUUUCUACAUAAAUAACUUGUAAAUACGAAGAAAUUUCGUUUUAGUAGGCCUGUAUUCUCCAUCCUAUAUGAAGUUCAUUUGGGGACAUCAUUCAUCGAAAAGGAAGCGAUUUUCACUUAAAUGUAUAGUUGUGUGUGUAUAUAUAGUACUUGCGUUGGCUUAAAAUAAAUUAAAAAAACAAGUGGUAGUAACGAUUUAAAAUUCUAUUAUUUCAACUUUAUAUUGGAAUAGCUAUUCCUCAGACAACCAGAGAUUUGACCGUGCAUCUAUGCCGGCAAUUUUGAUCGCAACAACUUUUAUAUCCAGUCACGGUUUUGGGCACUAGUAGAAGCUGAUUGUUUUUUUUUGGCUUUUUUUUAUUUCGAUCACAUUAUACAGUAUAUGUAACCCAUCGUAUAUUAGUUAGGGCUAGAGUCCCAUGGAGAGAUGAUUAUUUUUCAAUGAUAGUUAUAAUAACUAGGGCGAUGUGAAAGUGAAAUAUAUGUAUUGAAUAAUUUGCAAGACGGUUUAUCUGUUUAUACGUAAUUAUAUAGGCCUAUAUAUUUUCGUACAUUUAUUUCUGUGAUAUUUGUGUAUGUGUUUUUCUAUUUAUAUAUUUAUCAUCAUGAUUUCAUAUAGGUCUAAGUCUAUAGUAAUACAUAUAGUGUACUACAGUACAUCAUUUUUAGCCAUAAGCAUAUAUAUAUAUAUAUACAGUAUAUAUAUAUAUGUAUUUAUGUGUAUAUAAAUUAAAUAGUAAAGAAACUCAAAUACGUAAG